ACGCGCGUUGAUACCCCAUAUCAUUGUCUCACGAUUUCGAAUAGUUUUGCCUCGCAUGCUUACAAACGUUUUUGCAUUAGUAUAGAUUAGAUUACAGAAUUUACAUAAUUCUAUGGUGCAAUUGAUAAAUUAUCAUAUAAUGCUUCUAUUAGUUUUGCAGUUCCGGAUGUACAAUACUUUAUGUUACAACCAAAAUAUUCAUUAGAAUUUCUUUGUUAUUUUUAAAUAUUCUAUUAAACAAAGUAAUAUCAUUUUUGACAAUUUUUGUUUCUCUUACGCACGAACUUGUAAAUUUGAUGUCAAUAAAAACAUAUGUAAAUUUGUAAAAAUAAAAUUCGAAAUGGCUGCUGUGGGUACGUCAUCGUUAUGUACGCUACUUGAUCUAGAAAACAAGACUUGUACGAAUCACGUUUCGCACAAAAAAUGUAAAUCUUGCUAUUACAUUUGUCUAGGAGUCUUAGCGCAUACAAUACAUAAGCAAAUUCAAAAUAAAGGUACUCGGAAUAAUGAUUUAAAUUUGGUUGGUUCUAAAUACCUAAAAGAUCUGUACGAAUGGGUAUGUCAGUGCAAGCACAACCAGACAACUACAAAUGAAUUUUUGAUGCCAUUUAUUGCAUCAAUUGCUUUAUUUGCAGUGGGUAUUAAGCUCACUAACGAGUUAGUUGCCUGGAAAUUAUUUUAAUUUAUUACAUACAGGUUUUAAAAGACACUAACAAAUUUAUUGUAAACCUAUUUGU